AUGAGGCUGUUUCUGAUCCGGCAUGGGGAGACAGUUGACAAUGUCGCCCAACUCUAUGCCGGUAGCAGAGAUUCAGCGCUCACCAACCACGGCUACCAACAGGCCACCCGCCUUGGUCAGCAUUUCAAGUCCCAGGGUCUGACGUUCACCCACAUCUUCUCGUCGCACCUCCAGCGGGCUGUGAAAACAGCUGGCAAGAUUCGAGAGGCUCAAUUGACGCCCGCAAGCGACGAUAACACUGCGAAAGCGGUCCCGGAUGUCGUGCAGCUACGGGCGUUGAUGGAGCAGGACUUCGGAUCGAAGGAAGGGAAGAAGUUCCACGAUCGACUGGACAACAAGGAUACACCAGGCUUUGUGGAAGUGGAGUCGAAAGAGAUCAUGGCGCACAGAGCCGACUCAUUCCUUGAUGAGCAUCUCUUGCCGCUCCUCGGCGAAGCUUCGAAAGACGCUGAUGCCGUGGUUGCGAUCGUCUCGCACGGCAUCUUCCUCUCCACUUUUUGGAAGCGCCUGCUUCUGCGCCUUCCGCACAAAAGUGUUGCGCUCUCUCCAGAGCUCCAAGCGACGGCGCGACCUUCGCUUGAGCAUCUCGGUGGCUGGUCUAACACUGGCUACCUCGAGCUGCACAUGACGAAGGCAGAGCCUGAUGACCAUAGCACCUCUGCCGAUGUGCAUGUGGUGCCUACCCCAGAACCUUCUUCGUCACCCGCUGAGAUGCCGGCCACGGAUCAAGGUCUGGGCGAGGUCAUAGUACCACAAGCGGCAACCGAACAUGGCCCUGCAUGCCAGCAGGAGUCAGAAGCACCCACCCGGGUACCUGGUCAAUCUUCACCGCGACUCGCUGAAGGGUGGUGCGCAACCAUCCUUGCGAUCAAUGGUAAGGACCAUCUCCGCAGCCUUAAACGCACUGGCGGUGGUGUCGGAAGCUCUCGUCAUGAUGCAUCGCAGAGAAGCAUCGAGACUUUCUUCAAGCGUCGCAAAGUGGAAUGA